UCUUCCUCCAAUGGUCUUUCCCAGUCUUCAUUGCCCUCCAUGAAAGCUGAUGUUUGAUGUUUCAACUUCAAUCUCACCUUAUUUAUUUAUUUAAUUCUCAUAUUUAAAAUAAAUCUCUUGAUUAUUCCAUAAUUUAUUCUCUAAUUUAAGCUGCAAACAUCACUCUCUCCCAAAAAAAGCAGCACAUUAGACAGACAGUCUCUCUCUCUCUCAAGCUUGACAGGGAGAGUAGACACAGUCAGAACCUUCUCUGUAAAGAUUCUCUGCUUUCGUUUCCACCUUAAGCACUGCAGAUCCGCUAUUUGGUACCUACCUCAUUUAUUAUUUGUUUCACACGGAUUUGGAUCAGGCCGUGUUCUUUAGCCUGCAUUUGAUAUCGAUUUCUGGGUCUGGCGUUUUAAGGAAUACUAGCCGCAAGUCGCUUUUUCUGUUUCUCUUGUGCUCAUUUUGCUUAAAUUUUGACUCGCAUUCUUUCAUCUUCUGAUGGUUUUUUUAUCAUCAAAGGAAUAGAAUUGAAGCAAUUGGAUCUUGUCAUGUUCUGUGUGUUCUAGUUUUAGUGUGGGUCAGUGGUUUCACGUCAUCGUAUCAUUGCUCUCAUUAAAGCAGGUUCUAGCCGCAAGUCGCUUUUUCUGUUUCCUUGCUCUCAUUUUCAAGCUUUUGCUUGCAUAGCCUGCUAGAUGAGAAUCUUUUGAAUAAUCACAAUUCUCCAGGAGACAUAUCCAACUUGUUGAUAGAUAGUUGCUUCACAAACAUCAUAUCAUUCUGAUUAGAGCAUUAAUUCCUCUUAUUUCUGGUGAUUUUUGAGGAUCUUAUUGGAUUCCAAACUGCUAUGCAGCUGAUGAUAGAUUGAUAUUUUCAGUAAUGUCAAGGAUCACUAAAUGGAAGCUGGAGAAAACAAAAGUGAAAGUGGUCUUCCGGCUACAAUUUCAUGCUACACAUAUUCCACAAUCAGGAUGGGAUAAGCUCUUUAUAUCUUUCAUUCCUACUGAUUCUGGAAAAGCAACAUCAAAGACAAGCAAAGCCAAUGUGAGAAAUGGGACCUGUAAAUGGGCAGAUCCCAUCUAUGAGACAACCAGACUUCUCCAAGAUGUUAAAACCAAGCAAUAUGAUGAAAAACUCUAUAAGCUUGUUAUAGCAAUGGGUUCAUCAAGGUCUAGUAUACUUGGUGAGGCAAUCAUCGACCUUGCUGAUUAUGCUGAUGCACUAAAUCCUUCUGUUGUUGCUCUGCCUCUUCAUGGAUGUGAUUCUGGCACUGUUUUACAUGUCACAGUGCAGCUGCUUACUUCUAAAACUGGUUUCAGAGAGUUUGAGCAGCAGAGGGAACUUAGAGAAAGGGGAUUACAGAGUUACCAAAAUAGUCCUGAUGAAUCUUCCGGCCAAAAAGUGUCAUCUUCAGAAAUCAGUUAUCAGAUAGAUAAGGUAAAUAAAAGAGUUAGAUUCAAAGAAAAAUCUAAAGAACUUGCUUCACUUGAGGAAGAGGUGGGGCCAAAUGAAGAAUUUGCAGAUUCAGCUGUUGGAUUUGAUGGCUCUUCCAAUACUUCAGAAAGUUUAUAUGCUGAGAAGCAUGAAAGCUCCGGCAUGCAUGAAAUUGAUGGCCUUAGGAGUACUGUCUCUGAUGGUUUAGCUGGACUUUCUCCCAGUCCAAGUCCUCAGCUGGAGAAGGGGGAUCCUUCCAAUCAUCCAUUUUCGGUGCAGGGGACCAAUGAUUGGGUUCAUGACUGGAGUUCAGACUAUUCUGUCAAUAAUGAAUUGGCAGCAGCUUAUGAAGAGAAUAGUAGGCUUAGAGGAAUCUUGGAAGUAGCUGAGUCAUCUAUUCAUGAACUUACAUUGGAGGUAAGCUUGCUACAGAGAAAUGCUGAUGAUAUAGGUCAUGAAGCGCAAAAAUUUGCUAAGCAACUUGCUGCUGAGAUUGUUUCUGGAGAGGAGAUGGCAGAAGAGGUAUCUUUGCUGAAAUCGGAGUGUGCAAAGUUGAAAGGUGACCUUGAACAGCUAAAGGUUUCUAAAUUACAUCCUCCAUUUAGCAGCAGAGAAGCUUUUGAAUCAGAGCAGGAUCACAUAUUUCAAGAUGUACAGCUCAGAUGGCUAAAGGGGCUCUUGGCCAUGGAGGAUAAAAUAAGAGAACUUCAAAAUAAGACAUGCUUUGGCUAUGACAAAAAGGACUUCAGAUUCCUUGCUUCAGACAUAGAGGUGUUGCUUGGUAUAUUGAAUAAUCUCAAACAAGCAAGUGGACUAGCAGUUUCCAGUCUCAACUUGACAGAAGGAGCGAGAAUGGAGGAUAUAGGAGAAAUUUCACAUAAAAAUGGCCAGAUUGCAACAGGUACAGGGUUUGAUGUGGACUUGUAUCAACCAGAGCUAGGCAUGCUUCAUUGUCUUAACAUACCUGGCUUGAUUUCUCAUGAAUCUGAUGCUGUAGAUACAAUCAAUGCAAUGAAAAACAAGAUUUUUGAACUUUUGAGAGAGUUGGAUGAGUCAAAAGCAGAAUGGGAGAGCAUUUCCGGGAAAAUGGACCAGAUGGAGUGCUACUAUGAAGCCCUUGUGCAGGAACUUGAGGAAAAUCAGAGUCAGAUGCUGCAUGAGUUGCAAAAUCUCAGAAAUGAGCACUCGACUUGCUUGUUUACAAUUUCAUCCACUAAGGCUGAGAUGGAGUCCAUGUGCCAAGAACUGAAUGGCCAGAUAUUAAGACUUGCUGAAGACAAACAUGAUUUAGAUUCCCUCAACAAAGAGCUAGAAAGAAGGGCUGUCACUGCUGAAGCAGCACUCAAAAGGGCACGUCUGAACUAUUCUAUUGUUGUGGACCAGUUACAGAAGGACCUUGAACUGCUUUCUGUCCAGGUUUUGUCAAUGUAUGAGACUAAUGAGAACCUCAUAAGGCAAACCUUUGCAGAUUCUUCACAACCAAGUGUUAAAGAAUUCGAUUCGGGGGAUUAUGCAGCAAAACUUUUGCAAUUUCAGAAUCAUUCUGUUGGCAUAAGGAAACAACAGUUGGGUGGAGAUUCGCUUGUUCUAGAUGACUUGAAGAGAUCACUCCACAUCCAGGAAGGUCUUUACCAGAAGGUUGAAGAAGAAGUUUGUGAAUUGCAUUUUGUGAACAUUUACUUUGAUGUGCUUUCAAGGGCUCUCCAGGAAACUUUGCUUGGUGCAAAUGAAGAUGUGAAGUUUAUGAAUGAGAAAGUAAAUGAGCUUAAGCAGCAGCAAGAGGUUUCAGCUGAGUCGAAGGCAUUACUAAUGCAAAAGCUGCAGGCUGCAAUGGAUGACAUUCACUCUCUCAACAAUUACAAGGCUAGAUGUGAUGAUAUGACUCAACAAAAACAAAUUUUGGAGUUGAGUUUACAAAAUUUGGCCCAUGAAAAUCAUUGUCUUGAGCUGAAGAUUACUCAAUGGGAGGCCCAGGUGACUCAAUACAGAGGAUUUGAGAGCAAAUAUGAGGAGUGUUCCGCAGAGAAUGCAAAGUUGGCUUGCUUGUUGGAACAGAAAACCUUAGAAAAUGGGAUUCUUCAAUGUGAGAACUUAACUUUGCAGGAUGAGUUGAAAACUAUCAAAACUGAGUUUGAUGUGCUGGCCUCUCAGAAGGAAAACCUGCUGAAUUUUGUCAACUUUUUGCAAUGUAAAUUGCAGAAAUUACUUGCAUCCUAUGACAACAAAAAUAUCAAUGGAUUGUCACCCUUGGGUGAAUCUGAGAAUCAGGCCUUGCCAUCCAGGGACUUAACAGGUGUUCUAAUGCAAUUGGAAGAGCUUCAGCAUAAUGCAUGUGAAAGGAUUUUCCAACUUGUAGACGAGAAAAAAUCUCUAAUGUGUGAAAGAGAUGUUGCACAACUGUCCACUACUGCAGCUGAAUCUGAGGUUACAUUGUUGAAGCAGAAGUUUGAACAUGAAAUAAUGAAAAUGGUGGAUAAAUUAGAUGUAUCAAAUGCGUUGCUGCAGAAGGUUCAAUUAUAUAUUGAUGCUUUUGCUGAAAGACUUGAGGUUAGCUCCAAAAUUGAAGAAGAAUACAUGCAGCAGCACAAUGAGCUUUUAUCUGAUCUUGAUCGUCUAGAAGUUGGGCUAGAAGAACUUACUUCUAAGAACCAGGACAUUGCUCAUGAAAUCUUAGCAUUUGAGACUCUGACAGCAAGAGAACUCACCAAGAAAAACCAUGCUUUAACAGUAUCUCUACAGGAUAAAAAUGAAGAGUGCACCAAGCUUGCAUUGGAACUGAAGUGCUUGAAAGAAAGUUUGCGAUCUUUGUAUGAUGAGAACCAGGCUUUGAUGGCUACUUCAAGGGAUAAAAUGGAGGAGUCUGUCUGGCUUGCUUCAGAGUUGAACAAUAUAAGAAAUAGCUUGCAAUAUCUGAUUAAUGAUAAACAAGAAGUUGCCAAGCCUGCAUUGGAGCGGAACAGUUUGAAAGGAAAUUUCCAGUCUCCGCAUGGUGAUUAUCAAAUUUUGACGAUGUCUUCGCUGGAUAAAACUGAGGAAUCUGUCAAACUUGCUUCUGAGCUUAACAGUUUGAAGCAAAGCUUGCAGUCUUUACAUGAUGACAAGGAAGCUUGGAUUGCAUCAAUGGAAGAAUCUGCCAGGCUGGCAGAAGAGCUAAAUCAUUUGAAAGAAAAUUUGCAAUCUCUGCAUCUUGAAAAUAAAGCUUUGGUGGCAUCUUCACAGGAUAAAGCUGAAGAAUCUUCCAAACUUGCAUUGGAGCUUAGCAGUUUGAAAGAAAUUUUUCAGUCUCUGAAUGACGAAAAGCAAACUUUGAUUGCUUCUUUACAAAAUAAAGUCAAGGAAUCUGCUAAUCUUGCAUUGGAGCUAAACCAUUUGAAAGAAGCCUUGCAAUCUCUGCAUGAUGAAAAACAGGUUGUGAUGGCUUCUUUACAAGAUAAAACAGAGGAAACUUCCAUGCUUGCAUCAAAGCUAAACUGUUUGAAGGAGAGUUUUCAGACUCUGCAUGAUCACAACCAAGUGUUGGAGGCAUGCUCAUGGGAAAAAUCUGAGGAAUCUGCCAAGAUUAAAUCAGAGGUAAAUAGUUUGAGAGAAUGUGCUCAAUCUCUGCAUAGUGAAAACCAAACUUUGAUUAUGUCUUCACAGUAUAAAACUAAUGAGUGUGUUCAGCUUGCAUCAGAGCUGAACAGGCUGGGAGAGAGUUUGCAAUCUCUGCAUGAUCAGUUGCAAGAGGAGAGAAGCUUGAGGGAGAGUUUAGAGAGUAAAAUUACAGAUCAUACUUCCAAAUUAACUGAGAAGGAGGUUCAGUUGCUCCAUUUCAAGGAAUUGGUGUCAGGUCUAGAAUUGGAGAAACUGAGAGUUUGCAGUCUUUUGUCUCACUAUGAUGAGAGCCUUCAAAGUGCCCGUGAAGAAUGUGCUUCUCUUUCUGGUCUUGAAUCUGAGUUAUGCGAACUGCAUGAAUUAUUAAUAGCUGCAGAUGUCAAACUAAUUUUCACAAAAACUCAGUAUGAAGGCAGGGCUGAAGAGCUGGUUUUGCAGCUUUCCUUCUCCAAUAGGAGCCUUGCUGAACUUCAGAAGCAGCAUAUUGAUGUUGAAACCAACCUAAAUUGCUGUCUUGCCAGUGAAGCCCAAUACAUUGAAGAUAAUUCAAAUCUAUUGACAAGUCUCAACUCCAUUAGAUCUGAGAUGGAGGCAUCUAUUGCCGAAAAUCGGUUAAUUCUUGAGGAGAACAGAGCUAUGGCAGCUGAGCUUCAGGAAUACAGGUAUAGGGAGCAAAAUGUUGGGCUUCAAGAUUUUGAGGAUAAAAGUCAGCACUACCUAGAGGUUGAGAGGCUGAAGCAUACAUUAUUGAGUUCCGAAGAAGAUAUCAACAAUCUGAUUUUCUCAAAGGAAGAACUGGAAGUCAAAGUUCUGGUACUCAAAGCCAAAUUAAAUGAACAGAAAGAUCAGAUAAUUGCAAUGGAAGGAUACAGUGAUGAACUAAUUAUUUUGAAGAAACAGUGUAAUGAGCUCACCAAGAGGCUCGCAGAACAGAUUUUGAAAACAGAAGAGUUUAGAAACUUGUCUGUCCAUUUGAAGGAGCUUAAAGACAAGGCUGAUGCUGAGUGUAUCCAGGCUUGUGAAAAAAGAGAACCUGAAGCUCCCCCAGUUGCUAUGCAUGAGUCCUUGAGAAUUGCAUUUAUCAAGGAGCAGUACGAAACAAGACUGCAAGAACUGAAACAGCAGCUGUCUAUCUCCAAAAAGCAUAGUGAAGAAAUGUUGUGGAAAUUGCAAGAUGCCAUUAAUGAAAUUGAGAAUAGGAAGAAAUCUGAAGCUUGCCAUCUGAAGAAAAAUGAAGAAUUGGGAAUGAAGAUUUUGGAAUUGGAGGAUGAAUUACAAUCAGUGCUUUCUGACAAGCGUGAAAGAAUGAAUGCUUAUGACCGGAUGAAAGCUGAGAUGGAAUGUUCUUUAAUAAGCCUAGAAUGCUGCAGGGAAGAAAAGCAUAAACUUGAAGUGUGUUUACAAGAAUGCAAUCAGGAAAAGUCUAAGAUUGCCGCUGAACUCACUCAGACGAAAGAAUUGCUAGAGAAUUCAAAAUUGGCCUUGAAUAUUCAGGAGGAAGGAAAUCACAGAUCCUGCAAAAAGGAUAGCAAGUCUUCUGAUGAGUCAGUUAUCAGAAAUGUCUACCCGGAGAAUCCCAUUGCUGAUGCUUCAAUAUUUACAAGAAAAAGUGUAGAUGCAGCUCCUGCUAAUGGUCCAAAUAGGGAUUCAACUUUCAAGAGCUUCAAGGAAGAUAGUUCAAGGAAUUGUGAAGAAGCUGAACAUAAAUGCCCAGCCCCCAUUAGCACAGUUGACCAAACAAACAUACUCAUGAAUAAGCAACUUGGCCGGGAUCUUGUAUCUAGUUGUGCGAACAGAAUUCAAAGUCCCAUACUCCUAAAUGAAGAUGAGUUGCUGCACAGUGACAUGAAGCAUUUGGCUACUAUCAAUGAACAUUUCAGAGCUGAAAGUUUAAAGUCUAGCGUGGACCACUUGAGUAAUGAGUUGGAGAGGAUGAAAAAUGAGAAUUCACUUAUGCAAGAUCAUGAUUUUUACCAAAAAUUUCCUACUUUGCAAAGAGAAUUUAUGCAGUUACAAAAGGUCAACGAAGAACUAGGAAGCAUGUUCCCCAUGUUUAAUGAAUCUCCAGGGAGUGGCAAUGCGUUAGAAAGGGUGCUUGCUUUAGAAAUUGAGCUUGCGGAAGCUCUGCAGGGAAAGAAAAGAUCAAGCUUUCAUUUUCAGAGUUCUCUCUUGAAACAACACAGUGAUGAGGAAGCAGUAUUCAAAAGCUUUAGAGAUAUAAACGAGCUGAUUAAAGACAUGCUGGAAAUAAAGGGAAUGUACACAGCUGUGGAGACUGAACUAAAAGAGAUGCACGAUCGAUACUCUCAGCUAAGCCUUCGAUUUGCAGAGGUUGAAGGGGAGAGACAGAAACUUAUUAUGACUCUUAAGAAUGUUCGAGCAUCCAAGAAGGCCCUACAGUUAAACCAGUCCUCAUCAGCCUCAACUAGGGACCAUUCCUUGUAGCCAUUUCAGAGGGCUUUGCUCGUGUCUUGGGGGCGAAGUGUCAGAUUUACUGGGUAAGAAGUUUACAUCUUCCCUUGCCUCAGGAGUCAGUUAUGUAGAGUAUGGUGGCUAUUCUUGCUGAACUUAGUUAUUCCAAAUGCAAUUUUUUUCAAAUAUUUACCAGCCUGGUAAGGAUGCAAUAUUAGAAGUGUAAAUAAAACUGUAUUUACUGGGUGUUUAUCGCCCGGUUGUUACUAGCAUAAGGUAUAGAUCCCUGUAACAUUAUUACAUUUUGGUCCCAGUGCUGUAAUUAAUUAUACUGUAUAGUAAAUCAAAUUCAUUGAAAAACAAUUUUGUUCAAUCACAGCAACAAGUGAGAAAAAUGCACUUCAUUUCGCUCUUUUCUUUCU